UUUUUCUUUUCUCUUUACUUUUUUUUCUUUUCUUUUCUUUUCUUUGUUUCUUAUUAUUUUUAUUCGUUUUCUUUCUUCUUUUUUAUUAUUAAAUCUUAACAAGUCAUUAUUUGAAUGAUGAUGAUGAUGAAUGAAGAUACCUGGUCUCAUCAUCCUGAAGAGGAUGACGAUCAACAAAAAUAUACUUCAUGGUCUAUUCAUGAAGAAUCUAGAAAGCAAUUAAUUCAGCGUGCAACCACUCGCCUUCGUCGUAGACUAUUGGAAGAAAAGCUUCAAGACAUCAUGCGUCAAUUGAUUCAUUGUCAGGCUCAAUUGGAAACCAUUCGUGUUGAUACAUCUGCCACUAUGACCUCCAUCACUAAUAUGCCAGAAGAUGCAUCUGAAGAAGGCGUCCAAAGGAUGAAUAGGCAAAUGGAUGUGUUGGAGAAAAGAUUGGAAUCUCAUAAAUUCGAUCUUGAUCAAUUCUUUCUGCCAGCAUCAGCAACUGUGACCGUCUCGAGCGAGACAUCAGAGGAUAUGAACGAAUCAUCUUCUUCUCCCUUUACAGCCCUCUCCAUGUCCAGACUCUCUUCUCUUUCCAUCAUGCCUUCUAUCUUUGGAGGCAGUUCUCGCGCAAGCACACGGGCUACUAGCGUCAGUAGCGAAUCAUUCACAGAGUCCAAGCAAAAGGCUCAAAACGUACAUCAGCAUGUUAAUCAACAAAAAAAGGAAAAAAGACGCAAGCGAGUCAAGCAUCACAAGCGUCGCUAUCAAGAGAGUGUCAUCAGUGCCAGUCUGACCGCUGCUCACAUGGGCGACACUUGUUCUGAGCAAGAAGACCAGAACGACUGGCAUCGUCGUCGCGUGCUCUGUACUGCUGACGAAGAUGAUUAUGAUGAAGAGGACGAACAAGACCCAUUCUAUGAUCUCGCUGGUAAACGUAGUUUUCGUGCUGGUAGCUUCUGUGGAAGUGUCUACUGUGAUGGCCAAGAGCCGCGAACACCUCUGCCCUCGCAAGGAGGCAAUAUGGCGGCAUUGGCCUGGAGACGCCGUCAGCGCCGAAAGGAAUUCUUACAUCGUAUGACUGAUGAUGCUCUUUCAUCUGUAUCGUCCAAUCUGUCAGGCCUUAGACUGUCCAAUACCCCCGAACAACGUCAUCCAUUGAUACCAUCAAGUGAUUACUAUGAAUACUAUCCUGAGACAGAGCACAGCUUUGAUAGCCAAGACAGACAUAGCCCAGAUAUUUGGACCUUGCAGUCUCGCUACAUGAGUACCCGUCUCUAUCCCGAGCGUAAUGUCUUGGAUGAAGCCAUGAGCUUUUUGGACUGCGUCGAACAGACCGGUGAUGACGAUGGAUUCCGCGAGGACCUCUAUCUGCUGCUUCGAAAUCCUGACCUUUGCCGUCGCCCCUUUUCGGAGAUAGAAAGCACGAUGCAUGAACUUCGCCAGCAAGAGCAACAACGACAGAAACUCUUCAGUCUCAUUCGACCUAUUCACAGCAUGAUGUAUAAAGCCACGCUCUCCACCUUACAAUGGUGCCGAUUCCUGAGUGUGCUCUCUGCUGCUGUGGUGAUCAGUCUCUUGAAGGGACCUGAAGACUUACUUCAUAACCCGCCGAUUUCUCGCUAAGUAUUUUACCUUCCUUUAUUAUUACUUUCCUUUUUAUACAUAUAUAUUCAUAUACACGUAUAUAUUCACAUAUAUACCCCUUCUUUUUUCCUUUCUUUACUUACUCUCUCUAUAUAUACUAUAUAUACCUAUACAUCUUUUUAUAUAUUCCCCUCUAUUUAAUAUGUUUGUAUACUGCCACAACUUUAUGUCAAUUUCACCUCUUUUUUUUAUAUAUGUUUGUAU